AUGAACAGAGGGAACCUGACCAGCAUAUCAGAGUUCCUCCUAAUGGGGCUCUCCAAGUGGCCAGAGCACCAACAACUCCUCUUUCCACUGUUCCUGGGGAUGUACUUGAUCACAGUAUCUGGAAAUCUAUUUAUCAUCCUAGCCAUAUGUUCCAAUGUUCACCUCCAUAGCCCCAUGUACUUUUUCCUCAUCAACCUCUCUUUCACUGACAUCUGUUUUAUCUCUACUACAGUCCCCAAGAUGUUAGUGAACAUUUACACCCAGGAUCACACCAUUUCCUACAUGCAGUGCCUGACUCAAAUAUACUUUUUCACCUUGUUUGUUGGACUGGAUGACUUCCUCUUAGGUGUGAUGGCAUAUGACCGAUACAUAGCCAUCUGCCACCCACUCCAUUACUCAAUGGUAAUGAGCCCCAGAGUCUGCAUCCUACUUGUUUCUGGGUCCUGGAUCAUCACUAAUGGCUGUUCAUUGUUACAUACCCUCCUAGUAGACCAGUUGUCUUUUUGUGCAGAGAACACAAUCCCCCACUUCUUCUGUGACCUUUCAGCCCUGCUCAAGGUCUCCUGCUCUGAUACCUACAUUAAUGACAUGGAGAUUGUAAUUGUGGGAGGAUUUUUGGUUGGUGCCCCAUUUGUUCUAAUCAUAGUGUCCUACAUUCACAUUAUUUUGGACAUUAUGAGGAUCCCAUCCACUGGAGGCAAGUAUAAAGCCUUUUCCACCUGUGGUUCCCACCUCUGUAGCGUGUCCAUCUUCUAUGGGACCAUUAUGGGGGUGUAUUUUCUCCCCUCCUCCACCCAUCUUGACAAUUUAGACAUGUUAGCCGCCAUCUUCUAUACCAUAGUGACCCCCAUGCUCAACCCCUUCAUAUAUAGUCUGAAGAACCAGGACAUGCAGAAUGCCCUGAGACUUCUUCUCAGCAAGAGAACUUUCUCAUUCAGGUGA